UCUCUCUCUCUGUCUGUCUGUCUCUCUCUCUCUCUCUGUUUUAUUCUUGUGCAUGUUCUUUCUUCUGUGUAUUGACGACCGUCAGACAGAAUUUUCAGUAUGAGCACUUAAUUAUUUAUGUUUUACAGAAUUGUGUGUGUGUGUGUGUGUGUAUUUGUAUGUAUUUUGCUCUUACUGCACUUGAAGGAAAGCACCAUCUGCCCUGUUUCACAUACACAAGCUCACAGACCCCACAAUGGUGCUCUGGUCAGCAGGAGAGAGAAUAAUAAUCCCUCUUACACCCAGACAGCAUGGUCAGUUUUGUUCUCCUGGACUUCCUGCUGUCAACUUUGUUGAAUUUAUAGAAAUUUCUGUUGCUCAUGAGCCCUAUUAGUUAUAACCCUACCACCAUUUCUUGGCAAUGUAUUCAAAUGAGGUUUUUUGUGUGUGUGUGUGUGUGUGUGUGUUGCAGACUCUAAUGCAUCAAAAUGACAGGUGUAGUGGCUGACUGACAGGAGUGUGAAUAGGCAUUUGUAUGCAAAUAUACAGACUAUGUGAAGUGGAUGGAAUUAUCGAUCCCCCAAGCUCUCAGUAAGCUUUCUCCUCAGAAUAUGCCCAGGCAUCACCAUGAAUCUGACACUGAGCACCAAGCCUGGAUUCUUCCUCACCAACAGCUCUCCUGGAAUGAGAGAUUAUCCCUACAUCGCCGUUAUUCCUCAAGACUUCUGGCCAGAGGGUGACGGUCAUCAAGGCAAUGUCUCCCUCCUCACACGGGGCACCAACUUGACCAGCUCACCGAAUGCCACUAUCACACCCACUGUGGUGUAUGAUCCCCUAGGUGGACACUCUGUCUGGCAAGUCAUCAUUAUUGUACUACUUACAGGGUCAUUGUCCCUGGUCACAAUCACUGGAAAUAUCUUGGUGGUUGUGUCGUUUAAAAUUAACAAACAGCUGAAGACAGUGAAUAACUAUUAUCUGCUCAGCCUGGCCUUUGCUGACCUCAUUAUUGGCAUAUUGUCAAUGAAUCUUUACACUACGUAUAUUAUCAUGGACAGGUGGGCACUUGGAAACUGGGCAUGUGACUUAUGGCUGGCUAUUGAUUAUGUGGCAAGCAAUGCCUCCGUCAUGAACUUGCUGGUAAUCAGCUUUGACAGAUAUUUCUCAGUCACAAGGCCACUUACAUACAGGGCCAAAAGGACCACUAAAAGAGCGAUGACCAUGAUCGGCCUUGCCUGGUUUAUUUCCUUUGUGCUCUGGGCCCCUGCCAUCUUGUUCUGGCAGUACUUUGUGGGGAAACGAACAGUACCUCCAGGAGAGUGUUAUAUCCAGUUUCUCUCAGAGCCUAUUAUCACAUUCUGUACUGCAAUCGCAGCCUUUUACCUGCCUGUCACCAUCAUGACCGUCCUUUACUGGAGGAUUUAUAAAGAGACGGAAAACCGAUCCAAGGACCUGGCCGGGCUGAAGGGUUCAGGGAACCAGGUCAAGCAAGGCAGUGAGGAGGAAUCUACUGCAAUGAUGCCCUCAAGAGACAGCUCUUACAGCUGUGUCAACUACAGCAUCAACCAGCCUGUUCAAAAGGACUCUGAGAAAAAGACAGGAAAUAGUUGCCGCUUCUGGCUGCUGGGUCACAGUGGUCAAAAAAGUUGCAGCACUGGUGACCAAGAACACAGCAGCAGUGAUAGCUGGAAUAACAAUGACGGCGGAGCAUCGAUGGACCAAUCAGAUGAAGAGGACCAGGAUGAAGAAGGUGCCAAUGCAAGGGCCGUUUACUCCAUCGUUGUGGACAUGCCUGAGACUGAUGACAACUCUGAGAUAUCUAAGCAAGGAAAGCCUGAAAACCUUGCUGCAGAAAAACCUUCUAGAAAAUGCUUUUCCAAAACCCCCACCCAGUCCUUGCCCACUACGGAUAACUCUAAGCCUUGUAGGAGCUCUUCUGGCUCUAAAUCCCCCUCAGUACCUCUGUCCUUGAAGGAUGAAACUAUGGCAAAGGAUUUGGCCUCAAAAACCAAGACACAAACAAACAAGCGCAAAAAGGUAUCACUCGUCAAAGAGAAAAAAGCAGCGCAGACAUUAAGUGCCAUCCUCCUUGCCUUCAUCAUCACCUGGACUCCAUACAACAUUAUGGUCCUUGUAAAUACGUUUUGUGAUGACUGUAUCCCUGUGGGACUAUGGGCUCUGGGAUACUGGCUGUGCUAUGUAAAUAGUACAGUGAACCCUAUGUGCUAUGCACUGUGUAACAAAAACUUCCGCAUCACUUUCAAAAUGAUCCUGCUGUGCCAGUGGGACAGACAGAAACAGAAUAAGCCUCACCUUCAACAGAAGCCAGCAGUAGUGGCCUACAGGAAGAAGUAACUAAUGUAGAGAUAAGAUUUCAGAGCGUAGACUGUUAUGAACUCCUGGGUCAACCUUUCAUUGUUGCCAGUGUUUAGAUUUGCAACACUAAAGCUUACAGACCAUUUGCAAGGGUACACAGUUAAAAAAAGGGUUCUCAAUGUUUCUUUGGAUAGGUAGGGUUCUUUACUUCCUCAAGAGGUUGUACACAAAACCCAACAUUAAGAAGGACAACCCCAACCUGUUGUGUGGUUCAACAUAGAACCUUUAAGGGUUCCUUCCCUCAGAGGGACAAGUCAAUGAACCCUUAAAGGUUCUAGAUUUCCCCCAUCCCCCUGUGUGUAAUGCCUUUGGUGUUUGUUGAAAGGGCUGUUGAGUUGUAAUCGUACACGAGGAUUUCUUCCUUACAGUUCUAGUAGUUAUAGUGCUAGAAUUAUCAAGCGGUUCUGUAGGACCCAGUGCUGAAUGGGAUCGGCGAUUAAGGGUGCACCCUAGAGGAUAAGCUUUUUGGGAUACUAGAUCGAAUCUUUUUUUGUAGAAUGAAUGUGAUUGAUUAGUGCCUCUAUUCAGACUAUCUGUUGAAGGUCUUGUGUUGAACCUCCUAUUGUACCAGUCAAGUGAGAGGUGAGUCAACAUGGCUUUUUUAUUUUUAUCCUGAAAGCAAGUAAACUUUUCUGCGUUGUAUACUGGUGUUUUGUUUCUGAUAUAUUUGGCCAUUGUCUGUAGUGAUUAUCACUGAUGCACACUCUUAGAAAAAAAGGUUUUUUGGAUACUUAAAGGGUUCUUCGCUUCUGGAAGGGGCACCUUUUAGAACCGCCUUUUUUGGGGCGUUUUGGGUUAUUGGGAGGAGGUUGGUGUUUUGGGUGGAACCUUUUAUGGUUCCUCAGUAGGACAAACCAAAUAAUUCUCAAAGGUUUGAGGUUUAACCUUUAUUUCUAAGUGUGUACGUGGUAGAGUGUAUUGGUCUCUGUUGUGUUUUAUCGAAGAUGCAGUGUUUUUCACACAGGCAUUGUUGUAUGAAGCUGCUUAUAUAUGAAUUGUAUGAGGUGGUAUUUAUCAGAUUUUAGACAAGUGCUUCUGUUGAUGUCCUCAUUAUGCAGCCUGCUGUUCAUUCUGUACAAAUCAUUUUUCUAUUUUUCGAACAUUUAUUCCAAUAAGGAGUCAUUUAAAGGUGUGGGGAGCAUGUUUUGCAAUAAAGACAAAAUUAAGUGUUUUCUUGCUAGAAAAAAAAUGAAGGUAAAUUUAAAUUUUAUAUUAUAAAUUAUAUUGUAAAGUUUUAAGGGUUUUUUUUGUUUUGUUUUUAGAAGGAUCUGAAACUUUCUGGGGCUGUAUUCCCAAAGAUUCUUAAGACUGAAAGUCCACACUGGGUGAUUUAAGACAAAAAUGAAUCCUGUUUUUUUUUUUUUAGCCUUCUCAUGUUUUUCUGUCAGUGAAUCUGUCACAAAUCAAUUUAACUCUUAAAACAGGACCUAGGAGUAGUCCAGAGGCCACAUACGACUGAAUCACGGACCACUCUAACAUCGCUGACGGUGAAUAACUGCAUGGUCAUGGGGUUUAUAUAUCACAUGACAAACAGGUUUUAAAAAUGUAUCAUGUGGAAUGUGGGAGUGUUUCAGUGAGACUGGAGUUGUGAGGAGUUGUGAAGACAGCCAAACACUUAUUGCACUGCCAGAGAUCAAAGUUUCUACACUAAUUCUCUGCUACUUGGUGAAAUCAAAUCGCAGUUGUACAGUGAAGAUAAACUCACAGCUCAGUGUUUGCUACUGAUGACAUCAUUUCUCAUAACUCAAUACCUACAGUGAUUGGCUGAUGUAGAGGUCUUUGUAAAGGUAAAAUGGAAACCGAGUGCACAAGGCAUUUUGCAAUUUGAUAAGAAAUUGUUUGCAAUUUAAUACCACAUGGAAAUAAACAUAAAAAUUCUCAUAUGUGGUUCAGAUGUUUACAAAUUGCUGAGCCAUGUGUACACUACAGCUGGAUGGAUGGAUGGACGGACAAACGGACGGACGGGCAGAUGGACGGACGUAUGGAUGGCUGGAUGGACGGACAGAUGGACAAACAGAUGGAUUAAUGGAUGGAUGGAUGAAUGGAUAGAUGGAUGGACAGACAGACAGAUGGAUGGAUGGAUGGAUGGAUGGAUGGACAUAUAGACAGAUUGAAGGAUAGAUGGAUUAUGAUACAUUUGGAGUGUAACAUUGAUGCUCUAAUUAAUUGAAUAUAAAAAAUCUGCCAAACAAUUUAUGUGAGCAUUUAUGUACUCUCAUCUAUUAUCAUGUAUUAUCAUCCAUCCAUCCAUCCAUCUUCUGUAUUGAUUAUCCUACACAGGGUUGUGGGGAGUCAUGGGACUCUGGGCACAAGACAGGAGACACCCUAGACAGAGAGCCAACCCAAUGCAGGGCACAAUCACACACACUCAUUCACACACUACAGACCACAAUCAGUCUAUCAUGCAUUUUUUUGGAAUGAGAGAGGAAAUCGGAGGAAACCCCCGAAGCACAGGGAGAACUUUCAAACUCCAUGCACACAGAGCAGAGGGAUUCGAACCCCCAACCACUGAGGGAGGUGUCAGUCGAACAUGCUAAACACUAAGCUAAUAUUAUUAGUUAUUGUUAUUAUUAUUCAUAUUCAAUUGAAUUCGUUUAAGAGUGUAUUAGAAAGACUCCACUCCAGUCACUGUAGAUAUUCAUUCAUGAGCCCUGAUGUCAUCUCUUCUAAUAAGAUUACUCAUGUAUUUUUAAAUCUGCUAAAGUCUUUAUGUAUCCCUGCAUCUCACCCCGAGGGUUCACGCCACUGGGUCAGGACGCACCUCGAACCCCACCAGGAGAAAGUGAAGGUGAACGAACAAAGGAGAUUCCACUCAGCAGUUUUGUAAAUAGAUUUUAAAGAAUUAGUGCCGUUUGAAAGGACUCUUUCUUUAGGUGUGAAAUAAUAUGAUUUGUGAAUACGACCCCAUUAAACCAAUAUGAUGAUCAAUGCUGCCCUCUAGUGGUUGUAUUCAAGAAGGAAAAAAACAACACCUCUGUGGAUAAAGCAUUCAAGGAUCAGUCUAAAGAUUUAAUCGCACAAUUCUAGUCAAACUAUUUCUCUCUUUUUUUUUGCGUGCAUCUAAAAGACACACCUUUUCUAAAUAAUAAAGUCAUAGGCACAGUAGACAGGUUCUCUUCUGUAUACAAAUAUUGCUAUAAAUUGUUAUUAUUAUUAAUAAAAUUGAGUAUUAUAUUUUACAUAAUCUAUUAUAAUUAUUUGACUUUAAGCAUUGGGUGAAAGUUCUAAUUUAAAGCCAUCACCCCUUUAAAAAUAAACAAUUCUUUAAUUCUUGCCAAUGUUUUUUUUUCUCCCUUUUUUUGUGUUACUAUAAAACUAAACAAACUUGACUACAAAUGUAUCUAUAAUGUCCUGUUGUAUGAUAUUUUUUGGAUGAUAUUUAUGUACAGUUCUGUACAUUACAAGACACAAUUACUGAAGAAAAAAGCUAUUUUUAUUGUAUUUAAACUGUUUUAAUGUGGAGAAAAAAAAACUCUGUAAUGUUUCUUUAAGCAGACUAGAAACUAGAUUCUUUUUCAAUUCAAUAUUAUUUGUUAUGAUACGUUCGUUUUUAUCAGUAUCAUGCUUUCCUCUUAUUUAAUGACUGUACGAUGUUUGUGUGCAAAUAAAUUCUGUUGCCUGGUUAGAUUUCUUUUGGGGCAGUGGUUAAGGUUCUGAAUACAUUAUGGUCAAAACGAAUCUCUGUCUCGGGAGACUUUUAUACAAAACUAGGAGUGUGUAAGAACAGGGAUGUUUGGUGCUUUUGUACAAAAUUGCAUUCCAACUAUAUUCAGACGUAUGCGAGAAGAUUUAAGAUUUGAAAUCUUUUAUACGGUCGAGUGCAAAAGUUUGCAUCCCCUUUGGACUCAAUUGGUUUCAAUUGUGUUUUGUUUCCUUCAUCAGCACAAUAAGCAGUGUAAACAUUUAAUGCAGUGUACACCGAUCAGGCAUAACAUUAUGAUCAGUGAGAGGUGAAGUGAAUAAGACUGCUGAUCUCCUCAUCAUGUUAGUGGGUGGGAUAUAUUAGGCAGCAAGUCAACAUUUUGUCCUCAAAGUUGAUGUGAUAGAAGCAGGAAAAAUGGACAAGCGUAAACAUUUAUAUAUAUUAGGCUGGUGGUCAUAUUGUUGUGCCUGAUCAGCGUAUGUUCAUGUAUUAAUAGAAAAAAAAAGUUUGCGUCUCCCUGUUUUGAAUGCGUUCUAAAUAUUCUCUGAAAACCGCAUGUCAUGAUCACGAGGCCUGUCAGGAUUAUGUCUGAUGAUUUACACAUUAUUAAUAAUCUGAUUUCAUUGUUUUUUUAAUGUUGAAUUUAUGCUAUAUUUUAUAAUGUAGGCAAGCUGUAUAUAUAGAUAUAUAGUAGAGCACACACACACACACACACACAGCUGUUUAUCAACCCCAGGCAUGUAAUGAAUUUAUUUUUGGUGUUCUUUUUUUUUAAAAAAAAAGGGAACACAAAUGGAAAUACAAAUUAUAUACAGAAAUUCUUAAAUUGGGUUUUUAAAUGAAACAAAUAUACAAUUUAAGACAAAAAAAGAGAUUUAAUUUCGUAUUUCUAAUUUAAAUCUAACAAAAUUAAUAAAGACUAAAGCAACAUCUGGAACAGGCUUUCCUUUACUUAUUGAAGGGUUUUUUUUACCCCCAAAUAAUGAAGUUUAAUAUAAAGUGUAUCUUCAUACACACACACACACACACACACACACACAUAUAUAUAUAUAUAUAUACAUACACUCUAUUGAUCCCAUUUAUAUGAAAAGUAAAUCCUGAAAAUUAGCUAUUAUUAUUAUGGGAUAUUCCUCCAUAAUUGAGACAGGUCUAAUUUCUUAUUACAGUAUAACUGAAUCAUUUUGAACUUUUAGAGAAUUGAAUUCUGAUUUGUAAAGUAGAACUAUAUUUUUUUCCUUCACACAUAUUUUCAGUUCAAUUCAGUUCAAUUGUAUCGCGCUUUAUUGUCUCAAAGCAGCUUUACAGAACAUAAAACAUUAUGAAGUUACCAUUUAUCUCUAACAUUUUAUCCCUAAUGAGAAGCCUGAGGUGCUGGUGGCGAGGAAAAUCUCCCUGAGAUGAUAUGAGGAAGAAACCUUGAGAGGAACCAGGCUCAGAAGGGAACCUCAUCCUCAUUUGGGUGACACUGGACACUGAAUAAUAUAAGUGUAAAUAAUGUCCUUUCUUCAGCAGUUUAUUGUCCAUUGGAUGAAUGGAUUGAUUUAAAAGGCAGCGAUUGAGAUGAAUUCUGGACAACAACCCUAAAUCAUAAAUCAAGUAUUAGCAUUUGUUAUAAAAUUGAUUUUUAUUGAGUAAUUGAUUAUUUUUAUAGAACUAGGCUAGCAAUAUGAUCUGCUCAUAAACCUGGUCAUUUCUGUGUCAUUACUUUUUUUGCAAAUAACCGUAGGCUUUCUCCUGAUUCUGAACAAUAUCUACAUACUGUAUCUAUCGCAGGCUGUUAGACCAGAGCAACAGUUCAGAGUGUGAAAGCCUGAGGUUUCUUGUUAAACCAUGGGGGUGUGCAGACUUUUGCACUUGGAUGUAGGUCUCUAAAAAACUGAUAAGCAGAGUUAAUACAGAUGUUUGGUUAAACCCACUAGUAAGAAUGGAUCAAUAAACCUUUUCGCUCUGAUCUCAAAAUAUAAAUGUGUUUUUUAUGCCACUACAUGGUUUAAAAUUUUGACUUUUACACAAUAUGUUGUAAAUUUAUACAUGACUGGAAAAAAAGGAACCUUUACACACUUAAUGCUCCGAGUUAUUCACAAGUUAUCAGUUUAAUAAUAUGAACUUUUUAUGACAUCCCCUCAUAUAUGUAUUAUGUAUUUUAUCAAACCAUAAAUUCAGAGUUUCUUCUGUUGCUGACCUGCUGCUUGUCCACCUAAAGCCUUUUUUUCCCCCCUGUCUUUUAUUUUUGAUUAAAGAUCAUUUAUGAUGUGCAUGACAGCUUUUGUAACCAGACUAUUCUUCAAUGGCUAUUUUCACUUUUUCUGUCUUACUUGAAGAAGCUUUCCUUUCAUAUUCAAGAGCGGUGUUCUGUACACACCUCUCACAUCCGUGGGGACGUGAUCUCAAACUGUGAAGUGUGUUUUAAUGUUGUAACACAGCCUUUGUGCUUAUCUACAGAGAUUUAGACACACAAUGGCAGUUGAUUUGUAUGAAUGUUUCUUAUUGUAUCGUUGUUAUGGUUCAUUUUCUCAUUAAAUAUU